AGCCCCCCGGAGCCGACCAGUGGUGGCGGCAGCCCCAGGUCCCGGGUCCCUCAGACAAAAGGGCGGGUGGAGGAGGAGUAGCCGAGCCCAGAGUCCUGCUCCGGCGCCGCCGAGCACCGCCCGCCUCAGCCGACCAGCCCGGUCGGCUACUGGGCGUAGCCUAGAGGAGAGGAGGGAAAGGCCGCAGAGGCCGCAAGGAGACGGCUGGGGCGCCAGCGGCCGGCUGCCGCCUAGUUGUGCUGCCCGGACCAAGGAAGAAGUGGGAGGAGCGGGGAGCUCAGCGUCCGGCGUCCUCAGCGGCUCAGGACGACGACGCUCGCCACAUCCGGGACCCUCCGGCCGUGGCGGUCGCAGCACCGGCAGCUCGGGCCUCAGCCCCUGCCUCUGUGGUGACUCCGCCGCGCUUCGACGUUGCCCCUGUCCCCGUCCCGCCCGCCGCCCCCGCCAACCCCGCCGCCGGGGACAUGUCCAACCCCUGAAGCCGGAGGAACGGGCCAGUCAAACUGCGCCCGACAGGAGGUGAAGUGAAAUCUGCAAGAGUCCUGCUCGUUCAAGGCCUGCAUACAGGAAAGAAGCAGGGGAAAAGCGUUACAAACAGCUUUUGUUCUACAGCAUUUUAAAAUAUAACAGGUAUAUUGAAAAGUCUGAUUCAGUUACAAUCAGUGUAUGGAAUCACAAGAAGAUCCAUAAGAAACAAGGUGCUGGAUUUCUCCGUUGUGUUCGUCUUUUUCCAGUGCCAUCAACCACCUCAAAGACACUGGUUAUAGAUCAGAGGUUGGAUUUAUGCAAACUUGGGCCAAAGGACAGUUAGAAGACAGUAGAGUGGAGAAAGAAAAGGCACACGCAGUUGAGCAACAGGCCAAGCCGUGGCGGCCUCAGCGCUGGCCCAAAGGGACCAGACCGCCGGCCCGCGAGCAGCAUGCAGCGCUGAGGAACGGCGACCCAGCAGGGCGGCGCCAUGAACCUCCUGCCGUGUAACCAUCACCACAACGGGCUGCUGUACGCUGGCUUCGACCAGGACCACAGAUGCUUUGCAUGUGGGAUGGAAAAUGGAUUCCGAGUCUAUAACACUGAUCCACUAAAUGAAAAAGAGAAACAAGAAUUUCUAGAAGGAGGAGUUGGCCGUGUUGAAAUGUUAUUUUGCUGCAACUAUUUAGCUUUAGUUGGUGGUGGAAAAAAGCCAAAAUAUCCUCCCAACAAAAUAAUGAUCUGGGAUGACCUGAAGAAGAAGACUGUUAUUGAAAUAGAAUUUUCUACAGAAGUAAAGGCAGUCAAACUGCGGCAAGAUAGAAUUGUGGUGGUUUUGGACUCCAUGAUUAAGGUGUUCACAUUCACACACAAUCCCCAUCGGUUGCACGUCUUCAAAACCUGCUAUAACCCCAAAGGCCUCUGUGUCCUUUGUCCCAAUAGUAACAACUCCCUCCUGGCCUUUCUGGGCACGCACACGGGCCAUGUGCAGCUUGUGGACCUGGCCAGCACAGAGAAGCCACCAGUGGACAUUCCUGCACACGAGGGUGUCCUGAGCUGCAGUGCACUCAAACUGCAGGGAACAAGAAUUGCAACUGCAUCUGAGAAAGGGACCCUUAUAAGAAUAUUUGAUACUUCCUCAGGACAUUUAAUUCAGGAACUGCGAAGAGGAUCUCAAGCAGCCAGUAUUUACUGCAUUAACUUCAAUCAGGAUGCGUCCCUCAUCUGCGUAUCCAGCGACCAUGGCACAGUGCAUAUUUUUGCAGCUGAAGAUCCAAAAAGGAAUAAACAGUCCAGUUUGGCCUCAGCCAGUUUCCUUCCAAAAUACUUCAGUUACAAGUGGAGUUUCUCCAAGUUUCAGGUUCCCUCAGGCUCUCCGUGCGUUUGUGCCUUUGGAACACACCCAAACGCCAUCAUUGCAAUUUGUGCAGACUGCAGCUACUACAAAUUCCUGUUCAACCCCAAGGGGGAGUGCAUCCGAGAUGUCUACGCGCAGUUUCUAGAGAUGACUGAUGACAAGCUGUGACUCCCCUGCUGGGGGCGCCACAGCACCCACCACCUGCCACCUUCAGGCUCUCGGGGCUGGUGCCAGAGCCCCAGGGGCCUCCUGGGCCACGGGCUGGAGGGGCUGCCCAGGGACUUUGGUCUCGAAGCCGUAGGUUGUUGUCUGCUUUCCUAAGGACUCCCAUUUCCAGUAUUAAAGAGAGAAUCAUCAUCAAGGCAUCGUAGGUACUCAGUGCUGUGACCAGCUCGAGUGGCCGCUGGCUGUUCCCAUGAGUUCAGCUGUGAUGUUAGCUUCAGUGGCUCCACCGCAUCCUCACGCUGACGGGGGCUCCAUACGGACCUGGGAACUGGGCUGAGAGGGUGGACGAGUUCAAGUUUGUUUUUGCAACAGUUUCCAUUGUUCUUACUGAGUCUGCAGCAGGGAAGUGAACAAGUGUGCAAAUGUAAGUUCUUACAUUAUAAGCAGAUUUAAAUAGAACGCCAGCAGCUUGCCUUAGAAAAGGAGAAAGGAAUUCCUUCUCCCGUCCGAACACGAAGACAAACAACCUGACCCUGUAGAGAGAACACAGCGUGAAUGUUUCCCCUUGUGUGAGCCCAGCCUGUGGUCUUCUCCGUACCUGCAACGUGGUAAUCUGUGCCCGUAACGUCUUCUGUGCCCUUGCGUGGCGUCCCCGUCUCUGUUGGGGCCAUUAGAAUGAGAUGGACACCAGGCCGCCGUAGAAGCCGAGCUGUCAGACCUCAGGCGUGUGCGGGGCGGGGACGUGGGGUCUCCUGGUUACAUUCUGGGUUAAAUCUGUUUCCCGGUUAUGUGUAGGGAACAGCGGAGUGAUGCACGGACUUUGAACAUUCGUUAUGGGGGAAAACAUCCUUUAACUUCGAGGUCGUCUGGCAGAGCAGGAUCUGGGAGGGCCCGCUGCAGUGCCUGCUGCAGUUCCUGCUGGUGUGGAGGGAAAUGCCUCGGUCUGGCCUCCAAGCCCCCAAGUCCACUGUCUUCCCCUCCCUCAUUUGUAAGAAUAGCUACACACUAACAUUUUGGGAAAGAAAGGCACAUAACUUUUUUUAACAUUUGGUAACUAAAAUAGGUUAUGGGCUCUACAUUGUCAGCUACUUGGGAUAUAUAUUUAAUUUCUUUAAAAACUCCAUUUUAUGGUUUUGAUUUCAGAUUGCAAACAUAUAAAAUCUGCGUAGCAGCGAGUUCUCGGUUUUGCCAGUUCCUUCAGUUCCUUUACUGUUACUGUCAUGUAAUCAACUAACUCUGUAUGUGGAUUUUGAUGUAAAGUAUGCAUGUUCCUUUUAUGUGUAUUUAAUCAUGAUGUUUAAUUUUGCACACUUAUUUGUAAUGUUUCUUUUAAAUAAAAGUGACUAAUUUUGUUGUAAAAAAA